AUGGACGCCAGAGCCUGGUAUAAGAAGAUGUAUCAGGAAGCCAGGGAUGAAGACCCCAACCCGUUCCUCGAGAGAUUCAACGCCGUGCCCGUGCCAAAGAAACGCUCCUCUAAGGCUAGAAGAUCAAUCAACAAGUCCAUCUUCCACCCUUUCCCCCGCCUACCUGCUGAGAUCCGCGCCAACAUAUGGGCCAUCGCUCUAGAAGAUCGCAUAUACAGACCGGAAAAGCAUCAUCGUGUCAUCCCUCCCCUCAACACGGUCUUCGUCAGCCAGUUCGGGACAAAGGUCUGGGUCAAAACAAGCCGACGCUAUCCGGCACUCUUCUUCGUUAACCGCGAAGCCCGCUACGAAGCCGCUAGAGCUGAUGGAGGGAAGUGGUACCCUCUGGGAACUAGCGCUAUAGAGAUAUAUGCCAAUCCCAAAAAGGAGUUUGUCUUCAUCUGCGACUUCUACACAGGUCCCCGGCAUACCUCGUUCCACCAAAUUGCGCAACGUUACAACGCCGAUAUCUAUUUGGAUGAUCCAUCUACAUGGUUUGAGGAUUCAGACUUAGAGGAGGAUUUAGACCUAGAGGAGGAUUCAGACUCAGAAGACUUUUGA